GCAGCUACAUGCAACAUGAUGAUGGCAACAUGAUAGGCAGGCUGAUUGCAGUACGGAUGGGCGCCCGAUCUUUUGCAUUGGAUCGGGUGCUUGAUGCGUAGAUGUGUCAAAUCUCAUUUACAGGGAGCUAGGCGACGAGCCGGGAAGAGCGGACGAACCAGCAAAGCCUCACGCACGGCGAGGCCCACGAGGGUGGCAACGGCGGCGACGACGAUGGGGACGUACAAGUGCUGCAUCUUCUUCACCCGCAGGUUUGCAUUGAGCGAUGCAUCCACGCCGGGCGACGUGCGUGCGUUAUUCACCCACCACGCCGUCGGCGCGCCAUACAUGGGUGCUGACGAGCUCCGACGCUACCUCACCGCCAAUGGAGACGAGGAUGCUGACAUCGAUAUGGCGGAGCAGAUCGUUGACCGGAUCCUGCAGGAGCGUAGUCGCACCCCGCGGUUCGGGAGGCCAACGCUCACUGUCGACGACUUCCACCACUUCCUCUUCUCCGAGGACCUCAACCCACCCAUCUGCCACUCCAAGGAAGUCUAUCAUGACAUGAACGCACCAUUGUCACACUACUUCAUAUACACUGGACACAACUCGUAUUUGACUGGGAAUCAACUUAGCAGUGAUUGCAGUGAUAUUCCCAUCAUUAAGGCAUUGCAAGUAGGUGUUCGUGUAAUUGAAUUGGACAUGUGGCCAAAUUCUUCUAAAGAUGAUGUUAAUAUUCUCCAUGGAAGGACACUAACUGCCCCGGUAUCACUUAUCAAAUGCUUGAAGUCCAUCAAAGAAUAUGCCUUUGUUGCAUCUCCUUACCCUGUUAUUAUAACAUUAGAAGACCACCUUACAUCUAAUCUUCAGGAGAAAGUUGCCAAGAUGGUUCUUGAAGUAUUUGGAGAUAUCCUAUAUUAUCCUGAAUCAAAACAUCUUCAAGAAUUUCCUUCGCCCGAAGCACUUAAGGGACGUGUCAUCCUCUCAACAAAACCCCCAAAGGAGUAUCUUGAAUCAAAGGUUGGUUCUAUGAAAGACAAAGACAUUGAGUCUCAAUUUACCAAAGGAGAAAACGAAGAAGCGGCAUGGGGAAUUGAAGUCCCAGAUAUACAAGAUGAGAUGCAAUCUGCCGUCAAGCAGCACGAGAAUGAUACACUAUACACCCAAAGAGAUGUGGAAGAAGAUGAUGAGAAGAAGACGUGUCAGCAUCAUCCAUUAGAGUAUAAACACCUUAUUACUAUUAAGGCAGGAAAACCGAAGGGUGCUACAGUCGAUGCCUUAAAGGGUGAUCCAGAUAAAGUUAGGCGCCUUAGUUUGAGCGAGCAGGAGCUUGCAAAAGUGGCAGCACGUCAUGGUCGCAACAUUGUCCGCUUUACACAUAAAAAUCUUCUGAGAAUAUACCCAAAGGGCACUCGCUUCAAUUCCUCGAACUAUAAUCCAUUCCUUGGUUGGGUGCAUGGUGCACAAAUGGUGGCAUUUAAUAUGCAGGGACACGGAAGAUCCCUUUGGCUAAUGCACGGAUUCUUCAAAGCUAAUGGAGGAUGUGGAUAUGUGAAGAAACCAGAUUUCAUGAUGCAAACUUGUCCAGAUGGAAAUGUUUUCAACCCAAAAGCAGAUUUACCUGUGAAGAAAACACUAAAGGUCAAAGUAUACAUGGGUGAAGGUUGGCAGAGUGACUUCAAGCAGACAUACUUCGACACAUAUUCUCCUCCUGAUUUCUAUGCAAAGGUGGGCAUUGCCGGGGUUCCAUCGGACUCGGUGAUGAAGAAGACGAGAGCCGUGGAGGACAGCUGGGUCCCGGUGUGGGAGGAGGAGUUCGUCUUCCCGCUGACCGUCCCGGAGAUCGCGCUGCUCCGCGUCGAGGUGCACGAGUACGACGUGAGCGACGACGACUUCGGCGGUCAGACCGCCCUUCCGGUGUCGGAGCUCCGGCCGGGGAUUCGGACCGUGCCGCUCUUCGACCACAAGGGGCUCAAGUUCAAGAGCGUCAAGCUCCUCAUGCGGUUCGAGUUCAUCUAGAUCCUUGUAACUUCAGUAGGUCUGUCACUCACUCACUCACUCCACAUAUCUUACCAUCGUCGAUCUGUUUCUCAUAUAGCAAGACUAGAUUUUGGCUUGCAGAUUAGAAUGGACUAUAGACAACAUGUUCUUGAUUUUGGUCUGUAGAUCAGAUCAGAUGAGAUCAGAUUAGAUUGGGCUCUUUGUUUUGGUCUGUAACCCGGAUAACAUUUGAAGGCAUCUAGGAUUGCAGGGCUUUACCCUC